AUGAAAGCCAAAACUAACUAAAAAAAUCAAUAAGCAAUUCUACUUCCACCUAUUGAUAGAAGAUAAACUCAAUCAAUUUAGUUUGAUUAAAUUAAUUAAUUGAUCAAUUAAUCAUUAUUUAAUCCUAAAUAAAACAGAGCUUAAUCUCUAUAGUCUUUAGAAUCAUAAGCUCAAGAUUCAGCUAAACAGUAAAGUAAAGUUUCUCCGAGGAAAAAUAUUAAGGAUUACAAUAAAUGGUAUGUUCCUCCAAAACAAAGAUUCCUUGAUUUAAGAAAAGAGUCAGAAGAAUUUUAAUAAGAACAAUAUAUUAUAACCACAUAUGCUUAAUAAUAAAUGAAAUACAAUUAAAUAUUGAGGGAGUCGAAACAAUUGGCAUAAUUUGUAGAUGAGGUAAUCAUAAUUUUAAUCAUUAUCUAGUUUUAUAAAAAACAUAAACGCAGCCCUUCGUUCAUUCAUUGA